AUGAAAACGUUUGUGAUACUAUUCACAACGUUGAUUGGGGUCACAUUAUGUGACUUGGACGACAACGAGCUGGGAAAACGCAUGGAUCCCAACGCAUAUCCGGUUUCGUUCGGAAAACGGAUGAGCGAAGAGGAUUCAUCCGCCCAGUCAACGUGGAAGCGUGUGGACCCGAACGUCUUCCGCAUUGGCUUCGGCAAGCGUGACGCCAGUCCUUUUAACUUGGACCCCUUCGGAUUCGAAAAACGUAUGGAUCCAAACGCGUUCCGAAUGUCCUUUGGGAAAAAACGCAGCGCUGAUUUUGGCAUCGACAAGCGUAGUACCUCUGGCUACAAUUUGGACGCGCGCAAUUACUUUGUGGGCCUCGGCCGCAAGUAA